UCCCGAGAGAGUGCAGCUUGUCAAAGCAAAAAUGCUGUUGUCACUGAAAAAUGGGGCUUCAAACUGCCACAACUUUAUCAGCUGGCAAUCAAAUUCUACAAAGGAGGGUAAGGCAGUUCAGCUGAGCUACGCGGUGCGUGUGCAAUUUGCGGCGCUGAGUCAGCUGGUGGCGCACGGCCCCUACCUGGCGCAGCGCCUGCCGCCGCUGGGCGUGCUGGACGUCAUCGGACGCGACCGCAGGCGGGCGUGGGAGGAGCUGACCGACAUGGACGCGUCAACGGCCAUGAACCGCUACGUGGAGCUGUUGGACGGCGUUUGCCCCAUCUUCCGUUCGUUCGCCGAAGCGCACCGGCGCGACCUAGAGGCGCAGCGGCACAAGCGCGAGGCCGAGCGGGAGGCGGAGGAGCUGCGUCAGGGUCGGCUUCUGCUGGAGGAGAUGGCGCGCAGACAGCGAGAACAGGAGCUUAGCAGGCAGGCCGACACCAGGCGGCACAUCCAGGACGCGCUCAAUCGGCAAACGUACUCGCAGUUCCGCUCCUACGCCGACCAGCAAUACCCCGGCAACCCGGAGCAGCAAGCGGUGCUGAUCCGGCAGCUGCAGGAGCAGCACUACCAGCAGUACAUGCAGCAGCUGUAUCAACAGCAGCUGCAGCGGCAGCAGCAGCAACAGCAACAACCACAGCAACAGCAACAGCAACAGCAGCAGCAGCAGCAACAGCAGCAACAGCAACAGCAGUUCAGCCCGACCAUCAGUCCGCCCAACUGUUCAGCCGACGUCAGCCAGGCAGGCGGGACGUCCGGCGGGCAGGCGCAAGGUGGGGCGGAGGUCUGCUGUCCCGGAGCGCCGCCCGAGCAGGCAGAGACCGGUCCUCACGGCCGCCAGCAGGCCGCCUUAUCAUCCGUACCCGUCGCGUCGGCGUAUGAGGAGCCGCCGCGGCUCGAGCUGCCUCGCAUGUGGACGCGCCGCGACCUGGAGCAGUUCAAGGCGGCCACCCGGACGGAGGGUGGCCAGGCGGCCACCACUGUCGGCCAGGGCCAGACGGUCACGGUGCGAGUACCAACCCGCGACGACGGCACCUGCCUCUUCUGGGAGUUCGCCACGGACAGUCACGACCUGGGCUUCGGGCUGUUCUUCGAGUGGGGCGCCUCAAAGGAGCGUCAGGUGACGGUCCACGUCAGCGAGGAGGAAGGCCCCAUGGAGGACGCGGCGGCACAGCAGCCGGAGCUGGUGUCGCGGCGGGCUCUCUCCUGCGUGGUGCCCGUGUACCGGCGCGACUGCCACCAGGCCGUGUACGCCGGCUCGCAUCGCUACCCGGCCCAGGGCGUAUACCUGCUCAAGUUCGACAACUCGUACAGUAUGUGGCGCUCCAAGACGCUCUACUUUCGAGUCUACUACACCCGGUAAUGGCUCGUGGAGACAACUCCAAGGCAAUGGGCGCUCUGUCUUCUCCCACUCGACGAGCGCUCGUCGAAACUGCGCCCAGAACUCGGCGGCGCUGCCUUUGACCCCUCAAGGAGCGGUUGCAGACGUGCUGCGGAGGGCAUCAGUACGGCUGCCGGGGCCGCCAGAUGUGAUGGGCGUCUGGCAGUCACGGCCGGGGCCUCACAUCGGUCUGCUGGUGCGCUGCGCACGUGCGAUAUCCCGUCUCAGGCCGCGCUUAAGGAGCGGCUCCCGCCAUUGCUUGCUGUUGCGAUUUGUUCCGCGUGUAACACAUGUGAUUCCAGACGCACUGCAAUUUCUGCGUCGUCCAGCGCGCCAACACCGACACUGAUACUUGGCGUUGAUAACAAAGUCACACACUGCACGUGCCAUGUGACCUGGUGAAUGUUAUGUGGGGCUCGUUCGGCCCCCAUCGGCUCUGACUGGCAGGUGAUGCCCCCUCCCGUCACAUGGAUGGCGUGUACUCCCGGCGCGGGGAGGCGGUGCCUCAGAACUCUGCGCCCAGUGCGGUGAUACGGUCGUAGCGCGGGCCGGCGUGCGGUGUCCAGCGUCCGCAGCGGGAGAGGAGACCCCGCGGCACGCGCGGCCGGUGGAAGCUGCUCGGGCUCUCGCAGGCCUACGUCCGCGACAUCGGGCCGAGGCGGGUUAAUUGCUACGCGGGUGGAACAUGGCGUGACCGAAGCGUGCUUUGUCGGGGGCUCUGUGUUGUGUGCAGGGCUGGUGUUGGAAGUGUGUUGGAAACUGCAACCACUCAUUGUUGCUGCGCGGUGAUAUUUUCGAAUGUUUUGGGGAUUGUCACUAUUGCCAUUUGUGUUGUUAUUGCUAAACCUCAUUGGCGUAAGGGUAUAAUUGGUUGACACAUGACUCAUCGGGGGCAACAGAGAGAUUAUUCGUGUACAACAAUCGGAGCUCAAUAAAAUGGUGGGGAGUGAUG